AUGUCGAACCUUACAAAACGUGAAUUUGCGGCCCUUGAUAUUACUGGAAAUAACUAUUUGUCUUGGGUGUUAGAUGCUGAAAUUCACCUAGCUGCAAAAGACCUUGGUGAUACAAUCGGAGAAGGAAAUAAAGCAACAAGUCAAAACAAAGCUAAGGCUAUGAUAUUUCUUCGCCACCACCUCCAUGAGGGUCUUAAGAUUGAGUACUUGACUAUGAAAGAUCCACAAGUCCUUUGGAGAAAUCUAAAGGAAAGGUAUGACCACCAGAAAACUGUAAUAUUACCCAAAGCUCGUUAUGACUGGUUACAUUUAAGACUACAAGACUUUAAGUCUACACAGUAUCGUGAAAAGGAAUUUAAGAAAUAUUCAGAACUUAUAUCUUGUCUCCUUGUGGCUGAGCAAAAUAAUGAGCUACUGAUGAAAAAUCAUGAAUCACGUCCAACUGGUUCUGCUCCACUCCCUGAAGCGAAUGCGACAUCCCAUAAUGGGAAAGAAAAAUAUCAUGUCAACAAUAGUGGUCGACGACGUGGACGUGAACGUGGAUAUGGAUAUGGAUAUGGUCGAGGUUGCGGACGUGGGUACAGAUAUGGUCAAGGUCGAGGCGGAGGUGGUUCUUUCAAGAAUUCAUAUUCCCACCAGAAGAGGGGCAAUAAAGAUUAUAACAAACAAGAGAAAGAUAAAAAUGAGAACGUGACCAAUGUAUGUUACCGAUAUGGAGGAAAAGGUCAUUGGUCUUGUACGUGUCGUACACCAAAACACUUGGUUGACCUCUAUCAAAAAUCAUUGAAGCAAAAGGGAAAGAAAGUAGAAACAAAUCUUGUGUACAAAGAUGGCGAAGGUGACUUUGAUUGUGGCAAUACACCUCAACUGGAAGUUGCUGAUUUCUUCACCACCCAUGAAGGGAAUAACUAA